CGCGCUCUCACACUGUACUCAUCAUUUCUGCCUGCAUCUACCAUGGAGGCCCUCCCCGUCGAACUCAUAGCCGACAUCAUGGGCGAACUCGACCUCCCCUCCCUCGUCGUCAUGUCUCAACUCUCCUCGAGAUGCCUAUCCAUAGCGUCCGAUCGCCAACUUAACCCCUGGCGGCGACCCAUCUUACGUGCUUUGCGUUCCUCGGGAUACGAAGAUGACCUGAGGAAUCUUUCUGUGCGACAAUUCGUACCUCGGCAGAACUGGAUUGAGAUCCUCAGCCUUGCGUCGCCCUCGUUCCUGCUCUUCGAGGCGAACCUGCCCAAGCUUAGCGCGGAGGACUGGGAAGAGUGUUUUCGACGACGAUUUCUGCCAAGCUGGACGAAGUGGAAGAAGGAGACGUCGUGGAGGCAUGCUUUCAUGAAGAUGCUAUUCCGAGUCUACCACCGCUCAACGUCUUCGUGUACCGUCGACGAGAACUGGACGAAAUUCAUAACACUGAAUAGGAAUGGUUCAGCGAACUUGUUAGAACAUGCCUCGAGGGCAUUUAACCCUCGCAUGUCGUUCGAUGAAAUGAAGCUUCAAUCAAAUUUGAUGCAUCUUGCGACGCGAGUACGGGUUCUUGUUGAGCUCGCGGACGUACGAAUCAUCGUCCUAGGUUGCCUCAAUAAACCACGAAGCGGGCUGACCGUAAACGUCAACGCUCAUGAUCUCCUACAUCCUCCCGGAAUUGACUCGAGUGAACCACUAUUAUUGCCGAGCAUGAAGAGAAAUUCUGUCUCGUCUCAAUAUAGCACCCUGAUGUCCGACGACGACCCCGGGUUCACGGCGCAUGCGUUGCAAAGAAGGAUGUGGGGCGUACCGUCCGAUUUCGCCAUAAUGACACAUCCAUUGCCUACUACCAAUUUCUCGAACUACCCCUUCUUCACUCCUAGUGGACAGGACAGAAGAUGGCAGUCCACAGGUGGCGUAGAAGAGGAUGGUUUGCUCUGGGUGGGGCCGCUGAUGUUCGUACUUCUGUUUUGUGGCAAUAUUUUCGACGACGAGCGCUUAUCGUCCAGGAUCCUUGCUCAACUGAAGUGCCCACAAUUUGAGGUCGACGACGGCGACCUAGAAGACCUGGAUAUCGUCGGCGCGCCUGGGCGGCAGCAAUACAGUUCUUUCACAUGGGAAGAUCUCCUCGCCGUAGCACCGUGGAUGGACGAAAGAAUUACGAAGAAGAUUGAUGGUGCCGGGCUGGGGCACUGAUUCCUCUUUCGCAGUGUGAAUCUCGCUUGCCUUGUUUCCUUCCAAGAGACAAUUAUCGAUGGGACAAUGGCAAUCAGCUGUCGCCAUUGCGUACUGCCUUCCGUCCACGUUCGGCAUUCAGCACCGCGUAAGUCCCCAUCACUGCUUCUAGCCGAAAGCAGUCGAGACAAAGUGCAUCCCGCCGGCUUCGCCGAUAGAAGAAAAGGAACCGGAUCAGCCACCGGAGGCCUGGGUGAAAGACUCGGAUGUCACAUGGAAUU